AUCCACUUCCAACCUUUCUUAACAACACCUUCCCUUCUUCUCCCUCUCAACCACAUUUAAGCUCGAGAGCCUCGUCAACAACAACCACUCUCCCACACUUUUAUCGACCAUCGCCACCGCGUUUCCGCUUCUUUUCGUUUCAUUCUUGCCUUGCGGCAUAUUUUUAAUCACCCAUUUAAUUGAUUCGCGCUCGUCGCGAGCCAGGAAACUUAACGACAACCUCAAUCUUCAUUAACUCAUCAUCAUGUCUACCGAAGAGGAUCUCAUCGACUACUCCGAUGAGGAGUUAGGCACCAAUGAGGCCUCCACAACCAACGGCAAGAAGACCGACGCAGCCGCCUCCGGAAAUAGCGUCGACAAGAAGGGUUCUUACGUUGGCAUUCACGCCACCGGCUUCCGUGAUUUCCUGUUGAAGCCCGAGCUCCUACGCGCCAUAGCCGAUUGCGGAUUCGAACAUCCUUCGGAGGUCCAACAAACCUGUAUUCCUCAGGCUCUCCUCGGAGGUGAUAUUAUCUGCCAAGCGAAAUCCGGUCUCGGCAAAACCGCCGUCUUCGUUUUGACCACUCUUCAACAAGUCGAGCCCGUCGCUGGCGAGUGCUCCGUCCUAGUCAUGUGCCAUACUCGCGAGUUGGCUUUCCAAAUUCGCAAUGAGUACAACCGCUUUAGCAAAUACAUGCCCGACAUCAAGACUGGCGUGUUCUACGGUGGCACUCCCAUCCAGAAGGAUGCGGAGGUUCUGAAGAACAAGGAGACGCACCCUCACAUAAUUGUUGGUACUCCUGGUCGUCUCAAUGCGCUUGUGCGAGACAAGUAUCUCCGACUCACAAGCGUCCGGAUCUUCGUUCUUGAUGAAUGUGACAAGAUGCUUGACGCAAUUGACAUGCGACGAGAUGUGCAAGAUAUUUUCCGAGCUACUCCGCAGCAAAAGCAGGUCAUGAUGUUUUCUGCCACUCUCUCCGACGAGGUCAAGCCGAUCUGCAAGAAGUUCAUGCAGAACCCUACCGAGCACUAUGUUGACGAAGACACGAAGUUGACCCUUCAUGGACUUCAGCAAUACUUCAUCAAGCUUGAGGAGCGAGAGAAAAAUCGCAAGCUCAACGAGCUUCUCGAUGAGUUGCAAUUCAACCAAGUCAUCAUCUUCGUCAAGAGCACUAUUCGUGCUACCGAACUUGACAAGCUACUUCGUGAAUGCAACUUCCCAUCCAUCGCGGUGCACUCCGGUGUUAGCCAAGAAGAGCGUAUCAAACGCUACAAGGAGUUCAAGGAGUUCAACAAGCGCAUCUGUGUCGCCACUGACGUGUUCGGUCGUGGUAUCGAUAUUGAGCGUAUCAACUUGGCCAUCAACUAUGAUCUGCCUGCUGAUGCUGAUUCCUACCUCCACCGUGUCGGUCGUGCCGGUCGUUUCGGUACCAAAGGUCUAGCAAUAUCAUUCAUGAGCACCGAUGCAGACCAGGAGGUUUUGAAGGCUGUCGAGAAGCGAUUCGAGGUUCCCGUUCCCGAGUUCCCCAAGGAUGGCAUUGACACCAGCACCUACAUGACGUCUUAAGUUACGACAUCGAUAUCGGUUGAUUUCUUUAGUCUUUGCACAGGGAUUAUUCUGAGAAACGAUUCGGAGGAUUCAUUAAAUGCGUUGAGCCCCGUAGUCUCAGUCAGAAGGGGGGUUCUUUCCGAAAAGCAAAUGAUUCGCUUGGCAUCACGGCUCUGUACAUUAUGUUUGGCUUGGAACGGGUGACGCGGUACACUGUCAGAGAAGGCCAGAGAUUAUCUGAUUCGGACACUUGACCUCAUCAUAACGCGUGCUGGAUCCAUUUCGCUUGGUUGCUUCACACGAGUAUCGUCCGUAGUCUCAAGCCUUGCAGGCAACAAAAUAGACUGCUCUGAAACACAUUUAUUUUUAUUAUUUGGGACGUGACAUGAGUCGUUGCUUGGGGGCUAGCAAUUGGUUGGUUCUGUCUUAUCAGAAUACAAUUU